AUGCCGGGACUCGAGUUCAAGCCUGUUGUACAGCUUCCGGACGCGUCGGAGGUGGAACAGGUGACUGGCGAGGAGAAUGACGAGGAGGUGUUUACGCACCGCGCCAAGCUGUUCCGCUGGGGCAAGACGAACGAGGGCAUGAACUGGAAGGAGCGCGGGGUCGGCGACGCGAAGAUUCUGCGCGAUGGGCAGAGUGGCCGCGUGCGAUUUGUGAUGCGCCGGGACCAGACGGGCCGCUUGGCGGCGAAUCAUUGGCUGCGUCAUGACAGCGAGGUGAAGGGCUUGUCGAACAAUGACAAGACGUUGUCGUGGAGUGCGUUUGAUGAUGUGGACGACGAGGAGGCGGAGAAGCGAAUCCACUCGUUUUGCAUCCGGUUUAAGACUGCGGAGAUCCGGGAGGAGUUUGAGACUGCGCUGAAGGAGGCGUUGUCAAAG